GCAUUAUUAAUCGUCUUCACUAAGAAAAGAUCAUUUUCACUUCAUGCACAUCCAGCCUCCCAAAUGUAUCGUUAAAUCACACAAUAUAUUAGCAUAAUAUCAGAAACAGUAAAAGGAUUUGGUUAGUGCCGGGCUUUGUUGCUGUAGUUGGCCUUAUGCUUUUGGCAGCUUUCAUGUGACAAUUUAAGUUCAUUUACAUUACGGAAGGGCACAUUAACCUACAUACUGAUUUUUGAGAACUGGGUGAACUCUGUGGAAUUGAUUGAUUAAUUGUGUCUUGAAGCAGUUGAGGUUAAACUGAGUACUUGAUUUGGAAAUUGAGCAACGCUUUGCCAACUCUUCUGGGAACUAUUCCCGUUGUUCUCCUCAAUACAACAGUGGCAUGCAACAAAGCAGCAGUUCACAUCAUUCAAAGAGUCUGCUAUUUAAUUAAUGAUUUAAAAAGACAAUAAUCUUUUACAGCAGUAUUUUUUUGUGUAUCUAAAAUAGUUUUGGUAGGUGGUAGUUUUGGCUACCUUAUUUGGCAAAAAGAGGGGGAAAACAUAUUUGGAACACCUAUAAAUAUGACUUAGCACAAAGUGGAAACUAUAACCAUCUGCAACCUAAACAUCACUGACAUUCGAGCUGGGUGAUAUUGUCUUUCAUAUCACGGUAUAAUGAAUGAAUCCCUUCAUGGUAACGUGAAUGUCAGUCAAUAAUGACCAUAAUUAGAAUUUUUGUUAGAUCUUUUGUUUUGGACCUCAUGCAGGUGUACCUAAUGUUGGGGCCUGUUAGUGUACAGUACUGUAUGUCUUUGUCCUUUCACCACCAAAAAGUGACAACCCUCUUUGACACAGGUAAUAGUAUACAAUCAUGUCUAUAAAGCCGUGAUUGUGAACAUCAAUGUGUUACUGUGAAACAUAGUUUCUUAAAUUAUCAGUGGACUGGUUCAAUGGCAAACUUUAAAUUGGGAUAGACAUUGUUCAAGUCGAAAACGCAAAAUGUUUUUUCUUAUAGACCAGCAGUGUUAUUUUCGCUGUAAUGUGUACUGAUUAGUUCUGUCCUGUGUGACAUUCCUCUGGCCUUAAUUGACCGCGUGGUGCCUGCUCCAUACAAUGAGAACGUGUCCAUCCAUCAAGAAUAGCUGUUUGUGUCUCAAGGAUGAGGAAUUCUCUGCUCUAUUGUCACGUUGCCACACUUCUGUCCUGUUGACACAUCAGAUGUUUGUCAGUACCUGCAGGGAUUCUGUUAAUAAUCUCUAAAGGCUCAGACAGCCCGACAUCGCAUACAAAGGAUGUGAACACGCACACGCGAGCCAUGAAGCUCAAGCACCAGGCGCUCCAAGACCAACUCGAGCUGUGCCUCCUGGAGCUGAAGAAACUCUGCAUUCGUGAAGCAGAACUGACAGGCCGGCUCUCAGGAGAUUAUCCUCUGCUGCCAGGAGAGAAGCCUCCACAGAUCCGGAGACGCAUCGGAGCUGCUUUCAAGCUUGAUGAGCAAAGCAUCCCCCGGGGAGUGAAGGAGUCGGCCCUAAAUCUUGUUGAUGCCGAGUUGGCUCUUCAGUUUAAGAUCUAUGAGGCAGCACGCAAGCUUUGCGAGGAGAACCACCUGAGUAAGGCUGUUAGAAAGAGUCGACUGAAGCAAUCUAAGCAAGAGGAGAAGAAACUCAAACAUUUACAAGAGACCGCUUUCCACCUGCGGCUGGAGCACGGCCGAUCAUCACCUCUUCCUGCUUUUAAUAUCCCACGACAAGAUCUUGUUGCGUCUGAUGACAGCUCUUUAUCUGAUUCAGUGGUUCAAGACGAAGAAGGGCCGAGUGAGUCUUCACAGCCAUCCUCGGUCCUCCCAUAUUCAGGAGAGAUGGACUCUCCACAGCCACCCACUGUGUCUUCAAAGUCCUACACAGACGGUUCCUAUCGAUCACCAUCUGUGGGGCCUCAGACACCAAGCUCAUCGCCGCAUCCUAGCCUUGACUUUUCAAUGAGUUUUAACUCAAGCCCCGCAUAUGACACGCCUCCGAUCCAGCACUCCCCGUGGUCAGAGACAAGCCUUGACCAGCCAUACCAGAAGAGCAAAAAGUCACGGUCCUCCUCCAAAGAAAGUCCAGCCAAGAAUGAGUUACUACCACCACUGGAGGCUUGCUUGCCACUUUCUGCUCUGCCACAGCAGCUCUCCCAUUUGAAACUGAGCCGUACACAGUCUAACAGCACGCCUUCCAUGUCAGAGAUGCGCAUACACAGGCAGCUCUCUCUCAGGAUAUCUAACCCUGAAUCUUCACUCGGACCAGACAAGGACCGUGGUCGCGCCAGGGGUCGAAGGAGGCGACUGACAGAUUUAAACAAAACACCAUCAGAAGCUUCUCCUCUCAUGUUUAGUUGCGUAAACAAUGCAGGCUCUGAGGAUAGCAACUCCGAACACUCGUUUGCAUCCUACAGCAGCUCCCCCAGUCAAGAGCUGCCUUGUGAUUUGCCUAAACACUAUCAGGCUGCCUCCCCGCUCUCUGCUCCAUUUGGUAGCUAUGGACCUCAAGCCUCCCCAAAUUCUGGAGUUUACCACAGUCCCAGACACCAGUCCAAUCUAAGUGUCCACAAAGCCUAUUACAAUGAGGAAGUGGUUUACCCUCCGUAUGUAGACAUGCCGUGGAGCUAUUACACCUGUCAGUCUCCCUGCCCCCCCAGCAGAUAUGAGUACCGCUACAAAGAAGCUCCUGUGCCCCUGCAGAGAGUACCAAGGCAUUUGGCUCCUGAUAGCAGACACUCUCCCCCCUCAGCACAAUGCGAUCAUCCACAGUACCACUCCAACUGCCUCCCACGGCAAGUGGUGAACGAACAGCUGAAAUCGUGGCACUGGCGCAGUCAGCUCAAAGGACCCAGAUCACGUUCACUUGACAGACAGGGAGCAGUAAGGGUAAAAAGCAUGGCGGCUCUGGAGGCAAUCCGAUAUCAAAAUCAGAAGUACCAGGAGCAGGUCAUCCAAAGAAGAGCUCUUCAAUUGUCCACAAAUGACUCUCAAGAACACUGGCCUGUAGACGAUGGCACUCACUAUAUGAGUCAAGUGUGACACUGUGAGAGUGAAUCGGUUUGGACCAAGUGAGAGAAAUCUUACUUGAUUUCAUUUGGACUCGUUGCAAAAAUCAGCAGUUGAAUAAUCAAAUCUCACCUGUAUGGGGGAAAACAAUGCAGGCUAUAAAUGAUUUUGUGAUGUUUUGAGAUAAGUGUCACAAAUUUGGAACGUGAACAUGAAUACCAAUAUGAACUGAAGGGGCCAAAUAACCACAAUUACUUAAAGCAGUGUUUUACCACUAGGUGUCUUCAAACUGUCACCAUGUUGACCAUACUAUUUCAAGUACUUGUAUGAAGAAUAUGAACCACCAUUCUAAGAUAUUGUAAAUGAGUAACGUGCCCUAAAGUGUAGGUAGAAUAUUUUUGUGGUCCUGGAUCAAUCAGCAUGCCAGUUUUGCUACUUUGAAAUUGGCAGAAUAGUCUUGUUUACCCACAAUUACUUGUUUGUUUGUUUUUUAAAUAUACCAGUUAUUGUUAAUUACUGAUGUGCCCAUGACUUAACUAGUUGAAACUAUGCUGCUGCUCUGCUAACACACAGUACAUAAGAUUCAAAGUACCAUGGUAUGAAAAAAGACGAUGCUUGGCAGCUAUGUACAUGUCAAAUGAAAAUAUGUGAGAUUGUGAUUACAGACCAAAUUUUAGUUUGGCAAUGUGUCACGAAGUAGAAGUCGCUACAGUUUAACGACAUUCACUCACAGCCUCUUACUGCGAUAUAUUUAUCUGUUAAUUUAUUUGUGCUGUGAAAUCAACUGAAGUCAGACUUGAAAUCAGUGAAGCUGCAGGGUGAGUUUAUGAAUGCAUGAUGCAGUAAACAUUUGUAUAAAAGUGACCAAAAUCAUGUUUCCUUGUGUGCAUUUUUAUUGUCUUAUUUUUUUAUUUAACCAUUUUAGAUGCUGUGGUUAAAAUGAAACUCUUGUUGUAAUAUUGUUGCAUAUGCGGAAAUGUUUUCAUGUGGAAUAAAGUCUUUUUACAACUGUA